AAAGAAGGAGGAGAGCGGGAGUGAGAGCGAGGGGAAAGAAAGAUAUAGCGCAUGUCUCAUCUCUCAGUGCAGCCACUAGACGCUCCCACCACCACCUAACUCCUCCACCAUCUUUUGCAUGUGCAACAUUCACUGCCGGACAGAAAACCUCUCCAGGGCGAUGGAGACUGCGGGAAAAAUCCGGCAGCUCACGAUGGAUUGCUGAGGGGAAGAGGGGGAACAAUUACCUCUCUUCGUCCGUUUUUAAAUCCCUCCCCCCCGUGUGUGGUUUGUUUUUAGCGCCAUCCUCCUCAAUGCCUCUCUGAGCAGCAUCUGAAAAGAGAGUGAGAAAGAGAGAGCGCGCCAGAGAGAGAGGAAAAAAGAAGAUGAGGAUUAUUUGCAGACAGCUUGUCUUGUUAUUUUCUGGAUUUUGGGGACUAGCAAUGGGAGCAUUUCCAAGCAGCGUUCAAAUAGGUGGUCUAUUCAUCAGAAACACAGAUCAGGAAUAUACUGCUUUUCGAUUAGCAAUCUUUCUUCAUAACACCAGUCCCAAUGCAUCAGAGGCACCUUUUAAUUUGGUUCCUCAUGUGGACAACAUUGAAACAGCCAACAGCUUCGCUGUAACAAAUGCCUUUUGUUCCCAGUAUUCUCGAGGAGUUUUUGCCAUUUUUGGACUCUAUGAUAAGAGGUCAGUACAUACUUUGACCUCAUUCUGCAGCGCCUUACACAUCUCCCUCAUCACACCAAGUUUCCCUACCGAGGGGGAGAGUCAAUUUGUGCUGCAACUGAGACCUUCUCUCCGAGGAGCGCUCUUAAGUUUGUUGGAUCACUAUGAAUGGAACUGUUUUGUUUUCCUAUACGAUACAGAUAGAGGAUACUCCAUACUUCAAGCUAUUAUGGAAAAAGCAGGACAAAAUGGUUGGCAUGUCAGUGCCAUAUGUGUGGAAAACUUUAAUGAUGCCAGCUACAGGAGGCUUCUAGAAGAUCUGGAUCGAAGACAAGAAAAAAAAUUUGUGAUAGACUGUGAAAUAGAGAGACUUCAAAACAUAUUAGAACAGAUUGUCAGUGUUGGAAAACAUGUUAAAGGAUACCAUUAUAUCAUUGCAAACCUGGGAUUCAAGGAUAUUUCUCUGGAGAGGUUUAUGCAUGGAGGAGCCAAUGUGACAGGAUUCCAGUUAGUGGAUUUUAAUACACCUAUGGUGACCAAGCUCAUGCAGCGCUGGAAAAAACUAGAUCAAAGAGAGUACCCAGGAUCAGAAACACCUCCUAAGUACACAUCUGCUCUGACAUAUGAUGGGGUGCUUGUGAUGGCAGAAACUUUUCGCAAUCUUAGACGACAGAAAAUUGACAUUUCAAGGAGAGGGAAUGCAGGAGAUUGUCUGGCCAAUCCUGCUGCACCAUGGGGCCAGGGAAUUGAUAUGGAGAGGACCCUCAAACAGGUUCGAAUUCAAGGAUUGACAGGAAAUGUUCAAUUUGACCAUUAUGGACGAAGAGUCAACUACACAAUGGACGUAUUUGAACUGAAGAGUACAGGACCCAGAAAGGUUGGCUAUUGGAAUGACAUGGAUAAACUAGUUCUGAUUCAAGAUGUACCUACACUUGGCAAUGACACUGCAGCUGUUGAAAACAGGACGGUUGUUGUAACCACAAUCAUGGAAUCCCCAUAUGUUAUGUACAAGAAAAACCAUGAAAUGUUUGAAGGGAAUGACAAGUAUGAAGGAUACUGUGUAGAUUUGGCUUCUGAAAUUGCAAAACAUAUUGGUAUCAAGUACAAAAUUGCCAUUGUCCCAGAUGGAAAAUAUGGAGCAAGGGAUGCAGAUACAAAAAUCUGGAAUGGGAUGGUAGGAGAACUUGUUUAUGGGAAAGCAGAGAUUGCUAUCGCCCCACUAACAAUCACUUUGGUCCGAGAAGAGGUUAUUGACUUUUCAAAGCCUUUCAUGAGUUUGGGCAUAUCCAUUAUGAUUAAAAAGCCUCAGAAAUCUAAACCAGGAGUCUUUUCCUUCUUGGAUCCUUUGGCCUAUGAGAUCUGGAUGUGCAUAGUUUUUGCCUACAUUGGUGUCAGCGUGGUCCUAUUCCUAGUUAGUAGAUUUAGUCCAUAUGAGUGGCACACAGAAGAGCCAGAGGAUGGAAAAGAAGGACCAAGUGAUCAGCCUCCAAAUGAGUUUGGCAUUUUUAACAGCCUCUGGUUUUCCCUGGGUGCCUUUAUGCAGCAAGGAUGUGACAUUUCUCCAAGAUCCCUCUCAGGUCGAAUUGUUGGAGGUGUUUGGUGGUUCUUUACGCUCAUCAUCAUCUCAUCUUACACGGCAAACCUUGCUGCAUUCUUGACAGUUGAGCGAAUGGUCUCCCCAAUAGAAAGUGCAGAAGACCUUGCCAAACAAACUGAAAUUGCAUAUGGAACAUUGGACUCUGGGUCAACAAAAGAAUUCUUCAGAAGAUCAAAAAUAGCCGUCUAUGAAAAGAUGUGGACCUACAUGAAAUCAGCUGAGCCUUCAGUGUUCACUAGAACUACAGCUGAGGGAGUAGCGCGUGUCCGCAAGUCCAAGGGAAAAUUUGCCUUCCUCCUGGAGUCUACUAUGAAUGAAUACAUUGAACAACGAAAGCCAUGUGACACCAUGAAAGUUGGAGGAAAUCUGGAUUCGAAAGGCUAUGGAGUAGCAACGCCUAAGGGUUCCUCAUUAAGAAAUGCUGUUAACCUCGCAGUUUUAAAACUGAAUGAACAAGGCCUCUUGGACAAAUUGAAAAACAAAUGGUGGUACGACAAAGGAGAAUGUGGCAGCGGGGGAGGUGACUCCAAGGACAAGACGAGUGCCUUGAGCCUCAGCAACGUAGCUGGAGUCUUCUACAUUCUGGUUGGCGGCUUGGGCUUGGCCAUGCUGGUGGCUUUGAUAGAGUUCUGUUACAAGUCCAGGGCAGAGGCAAAGCGAAUGAAGCUGACCUUUUCUGAAGCCAUAAGAAACAAAGCCAGAUUAUCCAUCACAGGGAGUGUUGGAGAAAAUGGCCGUGUAUUGACUCCCGACUGCCCAAAAGCUGUACACGCUGGAACCGCAAUUAGACAAAGUUCAGGAUUGGCUGUAAUUGCAUCGGACCUACCAUAAAAACCAAAAAAAUAAUUGAGUGCCUUAAUUAAAACUGUGUUGGUGACUGAUGGAAACACAGAACAGCCUGUCACGACAUGGGGGUUUCAGUGAUGAACUCCGAAAUUUGGCUGAGAACGGGAAGUACGUCCAAAUGCGCCAGACAUCAUCAGCAACAAUGUGUGCAUGAGCUCAGCUCGGAAACCCAAACUCAGAUUUUAUAUCAGGAAAAUUCAUAAUUUAGA